UUAUUUUUUGUGUUUGUGUUCAAUAACGAAAUAACUUUAUACCACUGUUACGAUGGGGUCGUUGUUCAAUAUUACCCUUCUGAAACUGAGACCGGAAUUCAAAGGAUCAGGACUAAUAUUAAUGGAUAUAGAGGACAAUUGGAGGAAUUAAAAACUAAAAAUAUUAGUGCCUCAAUUGUUGUUUUUCCUGAAUACGGUUUAACAGGAAUAACUACAGAAACAGACAUUUAUUCAAUGGAAUUACCAGAAAAUUGGAACUAUAAGAACUCAUACUCUGACAACAUAUUACAAAUGUCUGCUUUAGCCGAAGAACAUGAUAUUUAUUUGGUUCUAAACUUGUUGGAAAAGACAAAACGAAAAGAAAACACAACACACUAUUUUAACACAAACGUUGUUUUUGACAGAAAAGGUUACAUUAUUAAAACUUACCGUAAAAUUAACUUAGGAGCAAAUGAAACUAAUUUAACACCAGGUAAUGAAACGUCAAGUUUCGAAACAGAUUUUGGUGUGAAAUUCGGCUUAAUCACCAACGAGGAUUUAUUUUCGGUUAAUCCUUCUGAAACAAUUUUACAAGACGGCUCCAUCAAAGACGUGAUUGUACCAAUGAGCUGGGAAAAUCAUUUUCCCUUUGAUAUUUCGACUUCGAUUCAAAGUGGAUACGCCAAAGCAAAAAAUAUAAACGUUUUAGCUUCGAGCUUAAGUAAACCCGCCCUUAAAAUUUCUGGGGGCGGAUUUUAUGGAAAAUACUCAAGUAAUUGGAUAAGCGGUUUUAAUUCAACUAAAAGUGUGAACUUUCAAUCUGACAAAAUUGAUUUUGUAGGCAAAUCCGGAAGGGCGCUUCCCAACGAAGACGUAUUGGCACCAUUAAACGUUACAAAUAAUAUUAUAAAAUACAUCAACAAUAGGUAUCCUUAUGAAACGGACGAUAUCACCAUGGAUAACAAAGAAGCCAAAAUAGCACUAGCAGGAAUCAGUUGUAAAGGAUACGUUAAUUAUACAGAUAAUUCGGAGCAAGACAUUUAUAUAAAGAUGACCAUGCUAACCACCCAAAAACAGAUUGGCAGGAAAACAUUCAAAAUAGCCACCUGUUUGAUUUACGUCUGCGACAGCAACGACAUCGAAACCUGCGGGAACCGAAAAGUAAAAUACCCCAAUUUAAAAUACACCGAACUGAGAGUGGUGUUGGAAUUUACAAAAAAUCAACAGACUGACAUACGAAGGCCGUUGACUUACACCAAUGAUCUUAAACCUAUGGAAUACUAUAGUUUCGAUAGAAACGGAACGAAUCAGUGGAUUAUGGACGCCACAAAUUUGAACGAAACCGUACUAGUUUUUGGAAUUGAAACUCUAACUGAAAUAGAGGACGACACCAAUUCAACACCGAAAAUUAAUGUUUCCCUGUUUUGUUUAGCAUUUAUGUUUAUUAUUACAAAAAUGGUAAAUUAGACUUGUCUUGAAUAAAUUAGUUUAUAUUUUUUGUUAAUAUAGAAUUACCUUCUACAACUGUUCAUCCUUAAUAGACUGGGGUAAAUUUAAAUAAAAAAAUCUCAUUAUGAAAUUGGUAUUAUGACUUAUAAACGAAAAGUGACCAUAAAAACCUCCCACAGACCAGUGUGGCCA